AUGCUGCUUCUACACCUGUCACUGCUGGCUGGUCUCCUCCCAGGCAGUGACAAUGCAGAAGAGGUCCAGGGACACGUCUCAUUCUACCUUAUCCAGAUCUCAUCCUUUGCCAACAAAUCAUGGACAAAAAAUCGGGGCUCUGGUUGGCUUGAUAGUCUGCAGACUCAUGGCUGGGACAGUGAAUCGGGCACAGUAAUUUUCCUACACACUUGGUCCAAGGGCAACUUCAGCAAUGAGGAGUUGAUGGACUUGGAGCUACUAUUCCGUGAAUACUUCAUUGGAUUAACUAAGGAGAUUCAAAACUAUGUCAAUCUAUUGCAGUUUGAAUAUCCAUUUGAAAUACAGGCUAGAGCAGGCUGUGAGCUACACUCUGGAGAGAGACCAAAAGGCUUCUUUUUGGCAGCUUUUGAAGGAUCAGAUUUCCUGAGUUUCCAAAACUCAUCAUGGGUGCCCUCUCCAGAGGGUGGGAGUCGGGCCCAGAAGGUGUGUAAUCUAAUCAAUCAAUAUGAAGGUAUCAAGGAAACAGUAUUCAACCUCACCAGUAACACCUGCUCCCGAUUUCUCUUCGGUCUCCUGGAUGCAGGAAAAAUGAACCUUCAGAGACAAGUGAGGCCAGAGGCCUGGCUGUCCAGUAGGCCCAGUCCUGGGUCUGGCCGAAAGAUACUGGUGUGUCAUGUCUGUGGUUUCUACCCAAAGACUGUCUGGGUGAUGUGGAUGCAAGGUGAACAGGAACAACAGGGCACUAAACAAGAAGAUAUUCUUCCCAAUGCUGAUGGGACAUGGAAUCUUCAGGUGACCCUGGAUGUGGCGGCUGAAGAGGCAGCUCUACUGUCUUGUAGAGUGAGGCACAGCAGUCUGGGAGACCAGGACAUCGUCCUCUACUGGGGAUACCGCCUUUCCAUGAACUUCAUGCUUUUGGCAGCGAUAGUAUCCCUGGUGCUUCUGAUAGUCCUUGUGUUAUGGUUUAGGAAGCACGGUCUGGAGAGCACCUCAGCUGUGCGCUGCUGCAAGUCCGCCAUCACUUCCGACCUGCGCUGCUCUUUCCUGGGUCUUCCUUCCACUUUCUACUUCUAA